AUGGGAAUUGAUUGUUUAAACUAUGAUGUCCUAGAUGAUAUAACUAUUAUCCUAUCGACACCAGAGACUCUUUCCCAGAUUGACGAAUUGGUACAAUUAACAAAUACAUUUAAGCUUGAUUUAGAGGAUAACAUCUUGCAAGAACUAGAAGGUGAUAUAGAAGGAAUAAAAAGUGAUGCAGAUACGUUAGAUACGGGUGUUGAUAUUGAGAGCAUUUUCAAGGAAAUCAAUGAAACGAAAGCGUUGUCGAAGGAGACGGAAUUGGCGAUCUCGCAGUUAACAAAAGACAUUUCGUAUGUGGACAAUGCGAAGCGCAAUCUGACUCAAUCAAUGACCAUGUUCCAAAAUUUGAAAUUACUAAGUGAGUCUUACUUCAGUUGUAGAGCUCUUUUAGAUAAGGACUCCUUUAUUGAGAUGGCGUCGCCUUACAAGGUUAUGUGUGGAUUGGCAGGGUCGUUUCAGGACUAUAAAUCAGUGGACGAACUCAGCAAGCUAUUGUCCUUGAUCUCUAGAUUACAAGUUGACACACUUUCAAAAAUAAAGAAUUGCUAUGAGAGGCUUCUGAGCCCCAAAGCAGGGCCUGUUGAGUUGGAUGAAGAAAUGCUUCGACAUGGCGCGUGCGAACUGCUCGAAACCAAUAAGGGCUCAAAGGCUAAAGUUAUAGAUUUAUGUUUGGACAAACUGCUUUAUGAUAUUAGUGAGAUCUUUCAGGUGGAUGACGAAGCUGGAUCGCUGGAAAAUUUGUCCAGACGCUACGUUUAUUUUAAGAAAGUUCUCAAUAAUUUCAAUUCAACAUACGCGAACUAUUUUCCUAGCGACUGGGAGAUGCCAUUCAAUUUAACUAUGAGAUUCUUUGCUCUCACAAAGAAAGAUUUGCAUAAUCUAUUGGAGAAAGAAGUUCGAGGAAGUUUGUCUAUUGAUGUGUUCAUGGAUGCUUUACAGACAACAUUAGAGUUUGAAAAAUACAUUAAUGUGAAAUUCGCAAAUAAAUUGGUAUCAGAGAAGGGAAUAGAAAAAAUAUCCACUAGUUUUGAACCCUAUCUAACUUUAUGGAUCUCACAUCAGGAUAAGAUCAUGAGUUCCAAGAUGCUUACUUACAUGAGUGAGGAGAAACUACCUCAAACCCACGAAUCAUUAGUUGUUCCAUCAAGUGCGGAUCUAUUCAGAACCUAUAGAUCGCUCUUAAGUCAAACUUUAGAGCUUGCUGAGCAAGGUAGUGGUAGACAGAAGAUUCUCAAAGACCUGGCUCAAUUCUUCACUAAAUGGUUGUCAACAUAUUUGACCAGAAUUUUGCAACCUCUUUUGUUGCAGGAUGGUGCCAAAAUUGAAGAUAAAAAUGAGGUAAUCACAUAUACCCUUCUGUUAAUUAAUACUGCCGAUUAUUGCUCGACAACGGUGGAGCAACUGGCCGAGAAGUUGAAUGAUUUCUUAGAUAAAGACAAGCAGAUUUCUGGAAUUUUUGAUCCCGUUAAGAAUUCUUACGGCUCUAUAAUAUCCAAAGGGAUUAACUUUUUACUUAGCGACAUAGUAACACCGGAGAUGAAAUUUGCUUGGAGAGAGUUCGAGAACUACGAUUGGAAAACGGUAGUUGUAGAGGAUUACAGUAGGUACACUACAACUUUUAGAAAUAUACUUUCGGAUGACAAUUCCAGUAUCCAAAAGAUUCUCCCACAGUUCAAUAGAGAAGUUUUCACUUGGAAUUUUUUGGAUAGAGUGGUAGAUACGCUGACUGAAGGAUACCUUGAUUGUAUUAUAAAGUUACUACGACCUGACCCUCCGUUCGGAACUCUCAAUAAGGGACGACGGUUCGAUACUCAGCAAGUAGUUAACAUUGGUGAGCAGUUACUCUUGGAUGUUGAAUAUUUGAAACAGACUCUCUAUUUACUAGCAGAAAAAACUGCAAACGAAGUAAGUGGCCAGAAUGCCUCUUACAAGAGACUCAGAAAGCAUAUUGAUCAAAAUAUUGACGAAUUGACAAGAUUUAUGAAGCUAUUAGUUCUUCCAACUGAAUCGGCUGAUAUUUAUGAGGAGAAUUACGCAACACUGACGGAUGGUAACACUAAUAUCGCCACCUGGGCUUUCAUUCUGUCUCUAAAGGGAACGUCCUGGGACCUAGCGGAAUGGAAAAGGCUGUUUACGAAAUUUAAUCGAAAAUCAAGGAAUGAGAAAACAGAAAACAUUUUUAUCUUCUUGAGAUGCAGGCGCGCGUUGGAUCAGUUUUUGAAUAAUUUGGCAGCUAUUAUGGAUCCUGCAUGGAAGAGAUUCAUCCAAGGUGAGUUGAAGAUUAAGCCGAUUAACUCGCCUAGAUCCCCUAGCAUCUCCACAAGCCCCUCUUCUCCAAGUCAGAAAUUUCAAGGAAUAACUCUGAAUGACAAUAUCAAAAACUUGAUGUCCAAUACAGGAUUUUUUAACAGAGGAAACUAG